CAUUUGACUGUCAUCAAAAUGUCACAAAAUUUGAUUUUACAUUUUGCUGUACAAAGUAUACAUAAGUACAAUAACUUCUUCAGCAUUUAUUUGUUAUUCAAAGCGAUUUCAGAACUACGGACCACGCAGAACUUAAAGAGCAUUAACAUUACGGGAUUUUUCUUCGGAUGAAAAUAGCAGAACCAAAAACUCCUGAAUACGAAUUCGAAUAAAAGUUUUCGAGUUCACGAUGUCGGCGGAUAAGUCUCACGACGUUUCGGUUGUGUCAGAAAAACGCACGUCGCAAUGGGAGGAGCUUAUGCGAACAUUUUCAGAGGCUCACAAAGACGCGUGCAAUGUGUCAGACAAACGCACGUCGCAAUGGGAGGAGCUUAUGCGAAAAUUUUCAGAGGCUAACAAGGACGGGUGCAAAGCGAUGUCACAAGAUAUUCCACGUGCCUAUCGUUCACUCAAGCGGUUCCCUACUGGCUCUCAAUAUGAUGGUACAUGGGACGUACUGGGAAUGAGUGGCUACGGAACUUAUACUUUUCCUAAUGAAGUUAAAUACGUUGGAGAAUUCGAAGACGGAAUGUUUCAUGGCCAAGGCGAGUUGAGGUAUCCGAGCGGAGUGAUAUUACGAGGGAAGUGGAAGAAGGGACUUAUGUACGAGAGGAAACUGAUCUUUGCAGAUGGCUUGGAGUACAGUGAAAACGAUUGGAAAUAUUGCCGUAUGCCCGACAGAAGGCUCACAAUAGAGUAUGACAACGGUCUUCAGCCCGCCGGCAGUUCGUACCUGACAGCUGACCAGCCAACACGCGACGUACCGCCCGGGUACUACGAUACGGGCGAUGGAUUCUAUGAUCCUAAGACGAAAAUCGUAUACAAUGCCGACGAUUUGUCGGCUAUAAUCCGGUCGCCGUCACUUCACGAGCAAAAAUGGAUAGAAGCUAAUUGUCGUAUGUCUCCGGAAACCUCAUUUGGGCCCAGACCGGAACUAUACGAGAAAUGGUCCAAGCCUCAAAUGGAACUAGAUGUGCCACCCCAUGGUUUCGGUUCACGACCUACUUCUAUUACUCAAAAGUUUUAUUAUGACAAAAUUGCUAAAAGCGAGGCAGCCGACGAACAUGACUCACAGUCCUUUGUAAGAGACUCACCGACUUUUACAGACAGGUGGAAUCACAAAUCGUUCAUUAAAUUCAAAAUGCAGUAUAAGAACAUGGAGAAUGACAGUGAUGACUGAUUCAAUUUAUUAAUUUGCUUUACAUUUUGAGAUAUUAGAUGCUUACUAUUUGAAACGCUAUUAGCAACGUUUAACAUCUCUUUUUUUACUGGCCUAAAAACAGUCAGUUAAAUAAUAAAUUUAAAAAUACUCGUAUAA